GGUUGACGACCGGCUACCUCGUACUUGCACUCUCCAGAUAUAAACUUUUGCUAACUUUGCGAAUUAUUUUUUGAUACCUAAAUGUUCUUGUUGAACAUCAUUUAAUAAUUUCUCAAUACAAUGUAGGAUUUCAAAAUAAUUCGUCUAUAAUUGUAUCCAUUAGAAUUUACAGUAAUUAAAAAAAUGGAGAAGAUGAUGGAUUUGAAGGUGUGUCUUGAAAGAAUAUUUUACUGCAAUAUUUGUAAAAGUACUUACAAAAAUAAUACCGAUUAUAGAGAACACAUCUUAGUACAUGUUACAAAAGCAUAUGUUAAGUUAAAAAAGCAGAAAAUUUAUGCCUGUAAAUCAUGUAAGGCUGGAUUUCUUAAUGGAGACGAUUAUAAGUUACAUAAAAUACACCAUAUAAUGCAAAAUGUUAGGCAAAAGCAUAUAAAGAUGAACAAUAAUCGAAAACAUUAUAUAAGUAGUAUAAAUGGUGAUAUUGAGAGAAAAUAUGAAUGUCCAGACUGUGGAAGGAAGUUUGUUGAAGAAAAUACAUUGAAGGUGCAUUCACAGGUCCAUGAACCCUAUCCAUACAUUUGUUUUUGCGGUAUUGGUUAUUAUUCAGAAUUUGAUUUCACUAAACACAAAAGUAUUGUUCACUGUGAAACCGUACCAACCAAAAAUAUUGUAAUAAAGACUGUAAAACCCAAAAAAUCUGAAAGCAAAGUGAUUUACAAAGAUGACUUUGAAGAAGACAUCUUUGAUGAUAAAGAAAGUGAAAAAUCUGUUAAGUUAUAUGAUGAUUAUGAUUACGGUAAGAAGCCUCGAAAAACGAAGAAAAUCAUUAAGAAAAGAACACCCAAGAUUAAAUUAGAAAAAAAAUUAAUCACGCACAAGAGACAAUAUCACAAGUGCAGCUCAUGCAAUAAGCGACAUAUAACAAACAAAGAAGAUUUAGAGAACAAUGUGUGUAAAUACAAGAGUUCCAAAUGUAGGUAUUGCGGGAAAGAGUUCAAGCAUAUAUAUGCCAGGCAAUUACAUGAGCGUAUACACACUGGUGAGAAGCCAUACUCAUGCAAAUUCUGUUCUAAGCCAUUCACUGAUCCAUCAGCAUUGCUCAGACACACUAGAACACAUACGAAAGACUACAAAUAUUUCUGCGACUUGUGUCCCAAGAAAUUUACAGAUAAAAGUGGACUUAUUAACCACAGACGCCGGCAUGGUGCUAGAGAGUUUAAAUGUGAUAUUUGUAGCAAACUGUUCUUCACAAAAGGCAACCUGGCAAAACAUUUUGAAAUACACAUUGGUAAAAAGAAUUUUGAAUGUAAUAAGUGUGGCAAGAAGUUUGUUUUAAAAUCUUAUCUAUUUAUACAUAUUGUACAGUCUUGCGAAAAAAAAUUAUUCAUGAAAACAAGGGAAAUGAAGAAAAAUAAACAUAAAAAGAAGAAAAUAAAAUGUAAGGACGAGAAUGACUGAUGAGCGAGUUUUGGAAAUCAUGAUUAAUGAUUUUAAAAUGGGUAUUUAAUGAGUAAACAAAAUUUAAUUAAUCAAUUGACUAGUCCAGAUGAUUGAUAUAUAACACAAAGGCAUAAGUUAAUAUCCUCCUCAUUUUUUCCAUUUCUUUCAUAACAAAUAAUUAUAAGUUUUGUUUAACACUACAAUAAUCUGCACUUUAUUAGUUAAAAUAAUAAAACUAAUAUAGUCUAUCGAUCAAGUCCCUGAAAUAAAUAAAUAUAUUCUCUUCUUUAUGUUACAA